GAUUAGGAAAGAGCCGCUGUUUGAAUAGUGUCAGAAGCUGCGAGCGGCCGGAGAGAGAGAGAGCGAGAGGGAGAGAGUUAGAGUGAGAGAGAGAGGGAGGAAGAACCGGCGGCUCCGCGCGGACUGAUUGAUGAUUAAGGUUGGGUUUAGGUGGAUCCGUGAGUGUGUCGCUCUCUCGUCAUGGCAUGUAUAUCGGAAUGGUACGCGGGGAAGAACGUGCUGAUCACCGGGGCAACGGGCUUCAUGGGGAAAGUUCUGGUGGAGAAGCUGCUGCGCUCGUGUCCCGAAGUUAAAGCCCUGUAUCUGCUGGUUCGGCCCAAAGCGGGACAGUCCAUGCAGGAGCGCGUCCAGGACAUGCUAAUGUGUAAAUUAUUUGACCGUGUGCGGGAGGAUGACCCCGAGUUCCACCAGAAGAUCAUUCCGAUUAGCAGUGAGCUAACGCAGCCCGGCCUGGCCCUCAGUGCUGACGACGUUCAGCAACUCGCUGACUGCAUCAACAUCGUCUUCCACUGUGCCGCCACCAUCCGCUUCGACGAGCCGCUAAAACAUGCGCUGCAGUUAAACGUUAUUGCGACGCAGCAGCUCCUGGCGUUGGCGCAGCAGAUGCAGCACCUGCAGGCCUUCAUCCACAUCUCUACAGCCUACGCCAACUGCAACCGCCGCCACAUCGAUGAGGUCAUCUACCCCCCACCUGUCGAGCCAAAGAAGCUCAUCGACUCGCUCGAGUGGAUGGAUGAUGCCAUCGUUCGCGACAUCACACCGCGACUGAUUGGGGACCGGCCCAACACCUACACCUACACUAAAGCGCUGGCAGAGUGUGUGGUGCAGCAGGAGAGCAGCAAACUCAACAUCGGCAUCAUUCGGCCCUCCAUCGUCGGAGCCAGCUGGCAGGAACCAUUUCCAGGCUGGAUUGACAACUUUAAUGGACCAAGUGGUGUCUUCAUUGCGGCGGGCAAAGGCAUUCUGAGGACCAUGAGGGCAAGUAAUGACGCAGUGGCCGACCUGAUCCCAGUGGACGUGGUAAUCAACCUGACCCUGGCAGCAGGCUGGUACACAGCAGUACACAGACCCAAAUCUGCACUGGUUUACAACUGCACAACUGGGGGCAUUAACCCGUUCCACUGGGGAGAGAUUGAGCACCACGUCAUGUCAACGUUUAAGCGGAACCCUCUGGAGCAGGCUUUCCGCCGGCCCAACGCCAACAUCACCUCCAACUACCUUAUCAACCAAUACUGGAUCCUCGUCAGCCACAAGUUCCCUGCACUGCUCUACGACCUCUUCCUGCGACUGUCCGGCCAGAAACCACAGAUGAUGAGGAUCUUUAACCGGCUGCAUAAAGCGAUUGGUCUGCUGGAGUAUUUUAGCAGUCAGGACUGGGAGUGGAACUCUGACAACAUGAACAUGCUGCUGAAUCAGCUCAGCCCAGAGGAUCGGAAGACCUUUAAUUUUGAUGUUCGUCAGCUGAACUGGCCGGAGUACAUAGAGAAUUACUGCAUUGGUACCAAGAAAUACGUGCUGAACGAGGACAUGUCCGACAUCCCUGCAGCCCGGCAGCACUUACGCAAGUUGAGGAACAUCCGCUACACCUUCAACACAGUGCUGCUGGUGUUUAUCUGGCGGGUGUUCAUCGCUCGCUCUCAGAUGGCACGAAAUAUCUGGUAUUUUGUUGUGAGUUUAUGCUUCAAGUUCCUGUCGUACUUCAAAGCUUCCAGUACGCUGACCAACUGACCGCCGCCGCGGACCGCCCCCCCUUCCACACGCCGCUAUCUCUAGCUGAUCUCAGCAUUCGUCCAUCAGUGCUCGUCCCGACAGCCCAGCGCUCAUUCGCCCAACUGUUUUUACAGCUUCGUCUCCUUUUAUAACGAGAGUCCUUUCAAAUAAAAACUUAAAUAUGCAAGACCCGCCCCUGUUACAACCCCGUAACACACCUGCUACAACCCCAUUACAGCCCCUCAUCUAUGUUGUCGGUCUGAGUCCUGUCUGAUCUGUCCUCAAACAAGGCCUUGACUUCUUCAGAUUUUGUUUUGUUUGUUUUUUUUCUUGAUGACAGUAAUAAUGAUUAUUUUAGUCUACUUGAAUCACUACAGUGUUUAAAGAUCUAAAGCUUGUUAAACCUCGGGAUAUGAAGGCAUCUCUCCAGAACGCCUCAGCAUUCUCAUCCUUAUCCGUGUGUAUGAAUUUGUAAGUGUGUGUGCAAGUGUUUAAGUGUGAGUGUGUUUCAUACUUUAUGUACUUUACUCAGAUCUGAUGUUGUGUUUGAGUCUGUCGUUGCAGUUUGUAUGAGUGUGUGUUUAUAGAAGUCCAGCUCGUUUCAGGGGGUCCACCAGUGUGAUCAGGGCUCCACCCUGUAUGUCUGCAGAUGGAGAAAAAUGAUAAUUUACAAAAAGCACUGUUCAAUUCUUCUAGUAAAAUCUGUGCAGGAAUCUGAAACUCCCCAAAUACAGUAAUUUCAUGCCAACUUGCAUGUUUGAUUUUGUUUAUUUUCAGUUGUUUUGAGUCUGUUUUAUUUUACAGUGGUGUGAAAGUGUUUGACUCUUUCAACAGUUCUUAUUUUUUGCAUGUUUAUUACUCUUAAAAGUCAGACAACACAAGUAAACUUAAAAGGCAGUUUUUAAAUAAAGAUUUUCAUUAUUAUGGGAGAAAUAUAUCCAAACCUACAUGGCCCUGUGUGAGAAAGUGUUUGUUUUAUGAGACAAAAAUUUGACUUGUAGUAAGUUGUACAUUUUGGCGUAAAAGUAACACUGCAUUUCAGAAAAGGAAGAGCGUACUUACAGUAGAACAUCGUUUUGGUUGUGUGAUGGUCUCGGACUGUUUUGCUGCUUCAGGACCUUAAAGAUUUGCUGUGAUAAAUAAAGACCAUGAAUUCCACUGUCUACCAAAAAGUCCUGACGGAGAAGAUCCAGGUUUUUGUUCGUGACUUUAAGCUAAAGUGACCUUGGGUUUUGCAGCAGACCAAUGAUCCAAAACACAUCAGCAAGUCCACCUCUGAAUGGCUGAAAGAAAAACAAAAUGAAGACUUUGGAGUGGCCCAGUCAAAGUCCUGACCUGAAUCCUAUUGAGAUGCUGUAGCAUGACCUUAAAAAGGUUGUUCAUGCUGGAAAACCCUCCAGUGUAUUGCCGUUACAACAAUUCUUUAAAGAAGUGUUGACCAAAAUUCCUCCACAACGCUGUAAAGACCAAAUGUGAGUUACAGCAAAUGCAUGAUUGCAGUUGUUGCUGCUAAGGGUGGCCCAAACAGCUAUUAGGUUUAGGAAGCAAUCACUUUUUCACCUUCAUUUAAAACUGCAGCUUGUGUUUGCUUGUGUUGUCUUUGACUAAUAUUUAAAUUAGUUUGAUGAUCUGAAACAUUUAAAAGGGACGAACGUGCAAAAACAUAAAUCAUUAACUUUUUCACACCACUGCAUUGUUUAUUUCAGGUCUGCGUUUUCCUACAAAGGGUAAAUAUGAUUUAACAACGUACGCUACACUGCACACCUACUGCAAAGGCUGAUGUGCACCCCUUCUUAAAUAUAACCACGUUAAAGUGACGCAGAGGCAGCAGCUGUGAUUGGUCCACAGAACGUGAUGUUCCCGCCUAUACAUUCCUAUCUUCCUAGUUAAACAGUGAGGUAGAAGUAUAAACACUUAUGGCUACAUCAGACGCUUGCAUAGGCUAUACUGUAAACACUAUACUACUUACUUGUAGUAAAAACCAGCUUUAAAAACCCAUUUACACCUGUACACAUUAUCUGACUUAUAUCUGGAUUGUAUUCUCAUUGUAUGAUAAUCACAGGUUUUCACACCUGAGCCACAUCUGUCAGAUGUGGCUCCAGUUUUGAUUUGUAUCCGGUUAAAAUGUGUCUCAGAUCAACACCUGAAGUGGUUUGAGUGAUUUGGAUUUGCAAAAAGAUUAAAUAUACUUGCAUUUUAGGGGUUUGGUAUAAUCCAGAUACAAUCCUGAUACUGAAAACUCAUUAACAAGUCAUUUAACUGAAAUCAGCUCAAAGGAAGUAGAACUUUAAAGUAAAAAAAAAUCAAAUUUUAUAAAAAGACAGACUUAAGCUUUAGCAGUAAAACAAAUGCUGUAUUUAAAUGACCAGAAAAAUAAAUAUGAAUUUUAAUAACUAGUGUACAUAAACACUAGUUAAAACAUUAGGCAUUACCUGCCUAAUACAUUGUUGUUCCUCCACAUCUAAAUAAAUAUUUUUAAGAUUGUGAUGGUGUAAACCAGUCAAAAAGUUCAGUUCUGGCCUAAAAGUGUGCUUAUUGGUCCAAAUUAAUAUCGAGAAUAAACAACUUGAUACUUUUAGACCAAAAAUAUAAAACUCUGCAGAAAGUAAAAUGUAACAUCUGAAUCAUGUCCCAAAACAUGAUUAGACUGUGAUUGGACAUAUACAGAGUAGGUGAAUCUUUCUUUUACUAAAAUGGAGGUCUAUUGGAGCGUCCUGUAUCAGGAGCGUAACUCCUUAUUGGACGCUGCUUUAAUAUUUAUAAAGAACACCUUGGAGAUUCUUUGUUUUUGGUCGUGUUUGCUUUAGUUUUCCUGGUCUGUUUAUACCAACCUUUACAUCCUUCCGACGGUCGUUGCUAGGCUAAGCUCAUGCUAGUAAACAUAAACUGCUAGCACUUUGAGUUUUGCGUGAGCUGUAAAUAUUCAGAAUAUAUUACUGUUCAGAUUACACACAUUAUACCAAAAAUGUACAAAUGUAUAUUUAUUGGAGUGUUUUUAGUCUGUUAGCUUGUUUACUUAGUCGACCGGAUUCUCUGAUUUCUGUCAGUUUUGUUGGAAAAAAAGGGAAAGUAUUUCUUUAUCUGUUUGUUUUUAUGUUUCUAAUUUCUGUGUUAAGUUAUCUCUGCUACUCAAGCUAGCGUUAUCAACGCUAUAAAAACGCUUCCAUGGGUUUUGAAUGUGCACAAUUCUGUAUAUCUUGUUAGCGACUGGUUUCGCUAGCGAUGGUAAUCUAGGACAUAAAAAGUGAAACACAUGUUGGUUUGAUUCACCAUAAAACACCAGUAAAUGAUUGGAGUUUACAACAGCUAGUUUAACAGUAUCAUUAGCUAACAUUUUUUUGUUAUGGAAUGUCUAACUGGAACGCAGCCGACUCUGCUGUGACAACAUUCCAAGCUUUGACACGUGAAUUCCGAGGUGACUGGAAUGCAGCUUAACUUUUAGCCCUUUAGUGUUUUACUGCCCAAACAGAUCCAACCUGCCAACAACACAUCGACUACAGCACCCAGAGCCCUUUCAGCUACUGACAGAGGCAGCUCUAAAAUCGUCUCGCUUAUAACAUGGUUUAUAAUAUACUAAACCAAAAGUACUGAAGACUGAUUAUUCUAAACCUCUAAACAGAGAGGUCCGGUUAAUAUUCAAUGUACCAUGACUGACUGAAUCUGGAGUCUGAGGUCGUGUUGGGUAUAUGAUGUGUGCUUCUUUAGUUUACAGCAGGAGAUGCUACGCUAACGUUGCUAGCAAACAACAGUAAACUUAGACUGUCAACAAUUGACUGAUCUCUUGCACAUGCUCAAAUAUAUAUAACUGUUCAAAACAAAAAUGUUUUUAAUAGGAAAAAAUAAUAUAAAAGCACACAUUAAAUACUAAACAUGUUUUAUGUGUUUAACUAAAUUUGGGGUCACAGAGCAAUGGUACAGAUGUUAACUAUUUUCUUUUACCUGUAUUAAGAUAAACGAGGAAUGGCAUGCAACUUGCAGCAGUUGGAAUGCUGGACAUGUUUUGGUUGACCUCUCCGCAUGAUUUUAUUAUUUUGCGAAUUGUCAGAUUUAGAAUAAUUUUAUACUAAAUAAGUUGCAUCAUCCCAAUCACUGAUACUUUAAAAGUAUAAUAUGAUGAUGUUCCUUUAUAUUAUGUGCUCAUUGCAGUAAACAAUGUUGCUUUCGAAUGAGGACCUGUUUACUCUCGUUUUGAGACUGCCCUCUAUUGCCAAAACACAUUUUUAGUAUUUUGAUAAAAGAAAAAAAAGACAAAACGCCUGUUUACUGUUAUCACAAAUUCAGAGUGUUUCUCUGUACUGGUAUUAUUUAUAAAUUAAAAACAACACAUUUACAGAUAUAUACACUAUAUACGCUACAGACUUGCCCAAUGAGUUUUCCUCAAUAGUAAUAAAUGCUGUAUUUAUGCACUUAAUAUUAUUUAAAGGAGAACUCUUCCUAAAUUCUUCCCAUAAUUCUGCAGUUAUGGUGUGAACAGAAUGUAUCGGAAAGGGUUUGGUGUGAAACUAGAUAAUCUUACCCUGACAGAAUAGUAUACAGUAGUGGUGAAUAGAAGCAGAAAUGAAUGAAUUUAUCUCAAACACACCUCCACUCUGAAGGUGUUUGCUUAAACCCCUGUUGUAAAGGGUUAGUCUUAAACAAACCUCCACUCUGAAGGUAUUCACUUAAAAACAAACCUCCACUCUGAAGGAGUUUGUCUCAAAUAAAUAAUCUUAUAUGCUGAAUUAUAUGGAGAAUUUGGGACAUGUGGCCCGAAUUCCCCUUUAAGUACAAAUCUACUUAAAAGCUAGUUAGAAGGGUCACAUUUGACAUAUUUAUUAAACGGGACUUUAAAAAGAAUAUUGAUCUGUAUUUCUAUCACGUAUUUUAGUAAAACUGCAUUCCAUAAGAGAUAUUUUUUACCACUUUAACAUCUUUAUGUGUUAAAGAAUAAACUAUAAAUCACUACAGUCUGACAUUAUUUUGUCAAUAUUCAUUAGCCUGUUGUACUGCCACACAGGGUCGAUUAAUAUUACUAAUAUCAUCACUGCAGUUAAUGAUUAAUGACCAGGUCAGAGAUAAUCAUUAAUAAUUGUUAAUAAUGACCAAUCAAUUGAAUACAGGAAUGGAAAUUCUACAGAAUUCAAAGGUAUUUCCAAUAAAAUAGUCAAACUGCCUGAUGGUUUAAUAGCAACUAUUCCUUAUUAACUUUAACUGA